AUGUCAAGACAGCUAGUGGUGGACUCCAAGCAGCAAAUUAAGGCGGUUCAACAUCUGAGCAAAGACCCUGAGAGAGUGGUUGGUGCACUGGAGGAUAUGUGCAUGUCUCUCGUAAUGGGUGUAGAGGUUUAUUUACGUGGAUUUGAUUCAAUGAGGGUGGUACCGACUUUAGUACACAUGGCGGAGAGUGAGCGCUUUUUUAGGGCUGGCGAUGCCUUGACGAUGAUCUUUCGCGCACUUUCACUCAUAAUGGAACAUGUCCCCACUUCGUAUUGUGGAGUGCAUCCAUACCACAAGCGCCUUGUACGUAUAGCAACGGAAGUUCUUGCACGUGUUCAUAGUCGGGAGAUGCGCUUCAGCAACUUGGAUCGCGUCAUGCUGAUGGAGGAGGUCCUCCGGCUUAUUCGGUUCGUCACGCUGGAUGAAAGUAGCGUUUCCUUAGUACACCUUGGCUUAAGAGAUGUCACCAAGACUGCACAGUAUGAGAACGCCCUACUUACGCGACAGGCUCUCGACGUUCUUUUAGCCGUUUGCUCCAAGGUUGUACUACCGUCAGAAACGAGGAAGAGGAAAUUCUUCAGCAGUGUAGUAUCCUUAUUCUCCUGCUGCAAGUCCCUUAAAGAUGAACAACAGGAAAAUAAACCUUGCGUCAAGCCAUCUGUAGUAACUACGGACCACAUUCUUGUGCCGUUCUUGCAAGGUAUGAUUCAGCAGUAUGCGUCAAGUCUUGAAUCAUCGCCAGACUCAUGGUCGUUGUUGGAGUUGGCAUUGCAGUGUCUCGGCAUGCUCAUACGACGGGCUGUGCUCUUCAACCGCCUUUCAUCUGCGCAGAGAAUGAUAACAUCGGAGCUCUGCCGAUGUCUUUACCGACUUCUUUUGUUAAAUGAUGGUAACGUCGCACUUGACCCUUCCGUGCGCUCUGAGCGUCUUCUCUUCUCGGAAACGAUGAUAGACAUUAUCCUUACGGCAGAUUGGGUUAAUGUGAGUGAUAUGCUUCUUUCCAAGGAAGCGCGGGCUUUUUAUGGAAUUGUACUCGAUGACUCAGACCCGAGCAUUACAAUGCUUCUGUCCGACCCUUUUCCUGUUGGUGGCAUAUCACGGGCCGCACAUCGGCGCGAUAAAAAUCAUAUUGUUUCCAUUGCUGCCAUACGUCACUUUAUUUUGGCAUCCCCCCCACUUCCCAGUGAGGCUUUUGGGCCAAAGCCCAAAGUAGUUCUUCCUGUGCACAAAUGGAUGUGGGAAGAUGAAAUGCGGCAUAACAGUCCCAUACCGGAGGAGGCUUGUGUGACGCUGGAAACUUGCUUGGCUCGUCGUACAAAAGAGGUGACGCUUAGGAUACACUCAAAGAUACUAACUGCGAAUCUUGCAACAAUGAAGAUCUGCAGCGGAUUUGGAGGUGCUGAGCUCAAUAUUUCACGCAAAUUCGUCCCCUUUGUCUUUCAUGUGAUGAAUGAAGCAGAUAUACGAUCUGUGAAAGCAGCGAAGGAUGUCACGGGUGUUGUUGAAUACAUAGCAAACUCUGCAGAAGAAAAUAUAGGAGUGCCAAUUUCUUCUGGUAUGGACAAACUAGUAAACAGGCGUGAGUCGGAGUUGUGUCGUUACUAUGUUCUCAACAACAGCGCGCCAGUUCCAGCCGCAUCCAUGAAGAUCGCGGAGAUGUAUCUUGAGAGUCUAUGCAAAUAUGCAACCUGGGCGUCGGGAUCAAUGGCUAUGCAACUGGGCGUGUGUGCCUGCGCGGCUCUGCUUCAGGCAGCGAUAUUGGCCAAGAAACCCCAGCAACUUACGGAACUGUUGCGCAAGACAAUGCGUCCGUUGUGUGACAUGCUUCGCACCGCACUCAUUUCGGCUGACAAGGCAACGAAAUCCGUGGCUCUCACGAUGAUGGUGUGGCUUCUUCGCCACCCAGGGUCAUCAGAGUGGAAAGCGGCAGAGACGGCUUAUAGAUGCGGCGUAGUGAAGCAGUUGGAAAAUUUGGCCAAUUCGAAAUGCAAAAGGCUGGAUGAUCGACAGGCAGAUGAUCAAGAUGGUAAAAUUCGUCGGAUGGUACCAAAAGUCAAGCUGGAGGGACCCGAGAACCGAACGAUGCACUUAAUGGCGAUGGUUCGUGCGAUACUGUCAACUGUGGAGAAAGAGAUGAGUGAAAACUCAGUUCCCCCUUCGGCCCGGUCUCAUGUAGGUUGUGUUACAGCCCUUUGGGAGUCAGUGCAAGAACUGAGAAAGCAAACUAUGGUAUUUGGAACGCACCAGAAGGUAGUGGCACAAGUACUGAGGGUUAUGGAGAAAACGUCGGGAAAUAUAACAGCAUUUGAGAUAUCUAAAAUGGGUAUUGCGGAUGCGGUGUUGGGCUAUCUAUUAAUGUCGAACACUGGAGGAGACGAGUAUGAUACAAAUGAGGAGAUAGGGGCGACUUGCGCUGCUGAAUCUUCCGGUGCGUUGAUAAGUGAGGGAGUUGUCCCGGGCCUUACGGUUGACACAGGAACCGACCCAGCAACUUUUGGGGGUGUGCGUAUCGCUGAUCAACUUAAACGGCUCUGCCAGAAAGAUCGUCUCAAAUGUUUCUUACAAUUAAUGGCCGAGUAUCCACGUGGUGUGGAGGCGUUAAUCGAAAAUUUAGUUUCUGCCCUUUGUCUUAUCAGCAACUUGCCCUUUGUUGAAUCGCUGAUGACAUCGCAGCGUGUGACUUGUGUGCCGCUGACCAAAGCCAUGAGUGCAGUUUCGCAGCUAUCGCAGGAUGUAUCUCUGUGUCGCAAGACAGUUUACCCAUCCAGUUCGGGAAAUCCUUGCCGCCGUGGUGUUAGCCACGAUCGGGGAAGGAAUCAACCCUGCAGCAGCCUCAAAUCCGGGGAUAUUCCUAGUUCCACGCCCUCCCAACGUGCAGUGUCGCAGCGCGGUUCGAAACUAACGGUACGUGAGUCUUGUCCAAAUGGCCAUUUGUUGCUUUCACUGGAGAUGAUCGCACCGAAACGUUCCUGCGAGUCAUGUGAAGAGCAACUGGAGACGGGGUUCGGUUGUAAUGUGUGUAACUAUUUUCUCUGUGUUAGUUGCCAUAGCCAUUUUAUCACUUCGCGUGAUGGCGGUGCUACGGGUCGUCGCUCCUCAUCUUUUAAUGGUGUUGCAGCGGGGGCCCCUGACACAGUAGUACAGCCAAAGUCACGUGUGAACGUUGCUACUAGUGCACAUUUGUUUUCUAGCAUUGGGGAUAUUGAGCGGACAUUCCGCACAGACUCUAACUCCACCAAGGGUACCGAAGUUGCUCCUUGUCCGCAAUCGACUCUCGCUGCUGAGGUGUUUCUGGAACGAGUGCAACUGGUUUUGUCGCGAAAAAAGGAAACGAUGAGUUAUGUUGAGCUCCGGCAGGAGUUGCAGCGACUGAUUGACGGCUUCAUCGCGCAGCGGGAGACGAUCGAAUCUCUAGACGAACUUGAUGCCCACAACAAAAAAACGCCUGUGGACCUGGAGGAACCAAGCAGGUUGGAGCGUAUGUUGCACGAUGCCAUGGAAGAUCGGUAUGUUUUGUAUACGUCACCCACGGGACGUUGUGCUUAUCAGGAAACUCUCAUGGGAAACAUAAUGCAGCGGGCGUUGAAUUUGGGUCUAGUGGAUGUUGUGGGUCAGCUGGAGAGCUGUCUUGUGACCCCAGAGAGUCACGGAGAACCUUUGAACUUGGGUGGUGGAGAAAAGGGCUUAUCCAAAACACUCCUUCUGUUGCGUGGGGACAUUGUGAAUGGAGAAGUACCGCCGUCAGCAACUGAGGACAAGGAGCAUAUAACGAGCUGGCAGCUGAACCGAUUUCAUCAUUUUGAAAGCGACGCUCACACACACUGCUGUUGUGGCCUGCGGUCGAGGGAAGAGCUGAACACUGCCUACCCGUCGAAAUUGGUGCGUAAGCCGUCACAUCUUUCGCAGAGUCCGGAUGUUCUUCUUCUCAUCCUUCUUCACAAAAUACUUCAACCAUUAAUGGUGGCGAAUACGAUCCCUAUCAACCCCGACGUUUUUGUAAGCGCCAUUCUGACAACUCAGCUUGUUAAAUCCGUAGCGGCAUCGGCGCUUCGUAUAGCGCUUCUGCCACCACGUAUCGCUGUUCCACGCUGGGUUGACUUCAUUUUGACGGAGGCAAAGUUUCUUGUUCCCCCAUCCGUUCGGGAGGAUGUCGUACGUUUUCUUGCGUAUGGUGCUCGCCGCGCGCUUCAUGCGAAUAUAAGAAGCUCAAUGGGGAGUCGGAGGUAUCGUAUGUACAAGGUGUAUCCGUCAGAGUGGUCCAAGUAUGAAAACCACAAGUAUGUUGUCAGUCGCAAUGAUUUGCUUCAUGGAGCCUACAUGGUUCUCAGAAAAGGGGCGGAAUGCCGUGCGCCUAUAUCGAUUCAGUUCAAGGGUGAGGUCGGGAUAGGCCAGGGACCGACGGCACACUUCUACACCCUCAUUGCAAGGGAGCUCACCAAGUGUCGGCUGCGGCUAUGGAAUAACUCUUCACGCUCGUCAACAACGCAUGAAAGUGGUGACAGUUGUGGAAACCGCCAAUUAAGGUCGAAGAGUAACAGCGGGACAUUUGACGAUGAGCAGAGGGUGGAGUCCCGCCCUGAGGGACUUUUUCCGUGUAGCUCCGUCCCCAAAGUACUCCAACGUUUUUCAACAGAUCUAUCGCUGUCUUCCUGUCGUGACACUAAAGCGUUGACGGAAAGGUUUCUCUGUAUGAAUGAUUUUUUCGAGGUGGAUGAAGAGCGCGCCCAGUUGUAUUAUCUCGUUGGCACCGUACUGGGUCGGGCAUUCACCGAUGCAGUUGUCUUUCCUUUGGAUAUCAGUCCUGCAUUGGCGCUGUUUCUUUGCCGUGGAAUUCCACCAUCACGUAUAGUGCUUCGCUGCACGGAAAAGGAGGAGCAGCCGUGGGAGCCGGAGCGACCCAUCGACUUCAUGUCACUUGGCAUCGAAGAAGUGGAGAUGAUGGAUAAGCAAGUGGCUUCCAGCUUACGUUCAUUGCUUUCAAUGAGUUCGAAAGAGUUGUCAUCCCUUGAUUUACCCUUCACAAUGCCCGGUGACGAUAGAUUCGAGAUGAUAGACAAGGGACAGAGCACAUGCGUAAACUCGACGAAUGUAUCCGCUUACAUUAGACGAGCUGCCAGCGCUCUCUUGUAUGAGUCAGUCGUUAUGCCCAUCCGCUUCAUUACAUAUGGUUUCCGUGAUGUGGUCCCUUGCGAGGCGCUAGCAGCACUUGAUGCCAGCGAGGCGAUGUCGUUGUUGUGUGGCAAUCGCAUCAGGGAUUCCGAACCCCUCUGGACAGCUGCAGAGAUCAAAUCCAUCAUCGUCCCCGAUCAUGGUUAUAACAGCGAGUCCCCACAGAUAACAAUGCUGCAGAAUAUUCUCGCGAAGCGCUUUGGCCCCCGUGAGCAACGAGCAUUUCUUCUCUUCUGUACGGGCUGCCCGCGCCUUCCGCAUGGCGGCAUCAGUGCACUUGGUGCCAUUACAGUUGUGCAAAGUACCCAUAUGCCGACAUUACCUGAUGCCUCCCAUACGGAAGGCAAUGGCAAAGACGGUUCUAACGGCGGGCGAAAAGGCGGUGAUCGGUCACGGCGGAUCUCACGGACGGGCAACGGAACUAAAGCUGUGGGAAUAGAUUGGCCCCUUCCAUCCGUCAAUACGUGUUUCCGCUAUUUGAAGAUGCCACCGUACCCAACAGAAGAACUAAUGUAUAAUAAACUUCAACUCAGCAUCAUGUACGCAGGGGAUACAUUCGAGCUGUCGUAG